AUUUGUUUAAUUUCCCGACCUACUACUACUCUAAUUAAUGUAAUCGCAUUUCAUUAUUCGAACCAUUGAAUUAUUAGUUUAGCAAGUGUAAGUGUAACUGAGAAGAUCUGAAAAAAACAAAAUGGCUCGACCAAACCUCUAGAAAGUAGAGGAGUUUGAGAGCAAAUCAUUCAUAAAAAUUUGUAAACACCAAAUCAACUCUUCAUCGACUCAUCGUCACCUACUCUUUACAAUGGAUUCAGACUCCGAGAUCGAAUACGACUAUUAUCCAAGGUUUCGAGUCUACAAGAACGGCCGAAUCGAACGCCUCGUGGCCGAAACCUUCGUCCCGCCUUCACUAAACCCUAAAAACGGCAUCGUUUCAAAAGACGCCGUCUCCUCCCCGGAGAAAAACCUCUCUCUCCGUAUUUACUUCCCCCAUACAGCCGUAGCCGGUGAAGAGAAUAAGAAGAAGCUCCCACUCCUCGUCUACUUUCACGGUGGCGGUUUCAUCAUGGGAACAGCUUUCUCUCCAAUUUACCACACUUUCCUCACAUCUGUGGUCUCAGCCGCCGACUGCAUAGCCGUCUCCGUGGACUACCGGCGUGCGCCUGAGCACCCUAUUCCCAUAGGGUAUGAAGACUCGUGGGACGCGGUCGAAUGGAUAUUCAGACACAUCUCCGGGUCUGGUCCGGAAGAUUGGCUGAACGAAAACGCAGACUUCGGUAGAGUGUUCAUCGCCGGAGACAGUGCCGGAGCAAACAUCGCGCAUCACAUGGGGAUCAGAGCCGGAAAAGAGAGAAGAGAGUUUAAAAUCUCGGGGAUGACUCUGUUCCAUCCGUUUUUCUUGUCAAGAGUUGGUGCGGUGGGAUAUUUUGAAGGGCUUUGGGAUAUCGCGAGCCCGAACAGCGACAAGGGAGUGGUGGAUCCGUGGAUCAACGUGGUCGGGUCGGAUCUUUCCGGAUUGGGUUGCGGGCGGGUUCUGGUGAUGGUGGCGGGGAAAGAUGUACUGGCGAGGGAAGGUUGGGUUUACGCGGAGGAGCUGAAGAAGAGUGGAUGGGAAGGGAAGGUUGAAGUGAUGGAGACUAAGGGCGAAGGUCACGUCUUCCAUUUAAGGAAUCCUAAUUCUGACAGGGCUCGUGUAGUUGUUCAGAGAUUUGCAGAGUUCCUUAAGUAGUAGUAGUUGUUAGCUUUCGAGGAAGUUGUUAGCUUUGUAUUUUGUAAUACUUCAGUCUAUUUAAAGAGUAUGUGUGUCCGUCGAAAUCAAUCAAUAAGAUUUUAGAACAUUCAGUUUGUA